CAUCGUCGUCUUCCUCCCAAAGCAUCAACCUUUCACUAGAAUUAGUACUGCAGAAUCCCUACAUUCAUCUUCUCCAUUCUUCAAGAUUUCAUCUUUGUCGUCUCCAAUGGCGACUUCUUCGUCUUCCUCCUCCCACCAUGAUAACCCACAAAAGGUUCAAUUCCCGAUAGACUCCGCCGCGUACAAAAACCUCGAAAAAAUUGGCUUCGGCGGCAAGGCCGUCGUCUACAAGGCCAUCUGCGUUUCCAGGAACUCUGCAAUCGUCGCAAUCAAGUCCGUCGACCUCAAUCAAUCCACGGCCGAUUUCGAGGGCAAGCUACGCGGCACCAAGACUUUUUCUCUUUCCCACCCCAACAUUCUCAGCUACCAUUGCGCCUUCACCACCGCUGACCGCCGUCUCUGGGUGGUCAUGCCGUUCAUGGCCUUCGGCUCUCUGCAGUCCAUAAUCUCCUCCUCUGCUUUCCCGGAAGGAUUACCAGAGCCCUGCAUUGCUGUCGUCCUGAAAGAGACGCUAAACGCCAUGUCGUAUCUCCAUGGCCAGGGACACGUCCACGGCGACAUCAAGCCCGAAAACAUCUUGGUCGACUCUGAUGGGUCCGUUAAGCUCGCCGAUUUCGGGGUCUCUGCUUCUUUCUACGGCGCCGAUCAUUCAACUGGGACAAACUACACUUCGGCAACGCCUUAUAGGGUGGCGCCCAAUGGAGGUGGAUGCAAGGCGGAUAUCUUGGCAUUUGGGAGGACGGCGAUCGAUUUGGCUGACGGUGGCUCUCCUAUGUCUCGUCUGUCGCUGUUUUUGGAGUCUGAGAUUCUGAAGGUCAAGAAGAGGUACCAGUUUUCAGAUUGCGAAAACAUCAUCAAAGAUUUCAAGACCAAGAAGUACUCUGUGGCUUUUCUGGACUUGAUGGGUUCUUGCCUUGAUCAGGACCCUACGAAGAGGCCGGCAGCAGAGACGCUGCUGAAGCACUCGUUUUUCCACAACUGCAGGGGCAAGGAUUUUCUGGCGGAGACUAUGCUUCGGCGUUUGGAGAGCGUUGAGGAGAGGUUGAAGAAAAGAAAUUGGGGUUUGGGUGACUUGUUGGACCCUAAUGAAAGUGAUUAGUAGGAUUUUUCCAUGAAAUUGCAUUUGCAGAGAGUAUGCUUUUUGAAAAAAUUGGUAAACUUUUUGGAUGUUCUUUUCAUGGUUUAGGAAAGAGAGAGAAUUGAGUUUUAGAGCAUUAACUUUCAUGUA